GGCAUUCGGUCUUUCCACGUCGAUGGGCGUCAAGUUAUGAUUGAGUGAAGGAGGGCGUUUCUGAAUAGCUGAUAGUAAUUCAAGCAGUUCAGUCGAACUUCUUGACAUAUCAAUCAUGUUUACGUGGCUCAGCAAAGACGAAAGUCGCCGUAAACAACCCGAAAUAUACGGUAAUGUCGUCGAGGGACUUAAAAAGAUCUAUAGGGCCAAGAUACUUCCGUUGGAAGAACAUUAUCUCUUCCACGAGUUCCAUUCUCCGAAACUCGACGAUCCCGACUUUGAUGCCAAACCGAUGAUUCUGCUGGUAGGUCAAUAUUCUACAGGUAAAACCACUUUUAUUAAAUAUCUAUUGGAGAAAGACUUUCCCGGUAUAAGAAUUGGUCCCGAACCUACUACCGACCGCUUCAUUGCCGUUAUGUAUGGAGAACAAGAAGGUGUCAUUCCUGGAAAUGCUUUGGUUGUGGAUCCCAAGAAACAGUUCCGUCCCCUGUCGAAGUUUGGCAAUGCAUUCUUAAAUCGUUUCCAGUGUUCUUUGGUAAAUUCUCCCGUUCUUCAGAGCAUUUCCAUUGUCGACUCGCCCGGUAUCCUUUCCGGAGAAAAGCAGAGAGUAGACCGUGGCUACGAAUUUGCGGGAGUUCUGGAAUGGUUUGCAGAGAGAGUCGACCGCAUCAUUCUCCUGUUCGACGCGCAUAAGCUGGACAUAUCCGACGAGUUCCGCAGGAGCAUCGAAGCUCUGAGAGGCCACGAUGACAAGAUCAGGAUUGUUUUGAAUAAGGCGGACGGCGUGGAUCACCAGCAGUUGAUGAGGGUGUACGGAGCCCUGAUGUGGUCGUUGGGAAAGGUACUAAACACUCCGGAGGUGGCUAGAGUUUACAUAGGGUCGUUCUGGGACGAGCCCCUCCGCUUUGACACCAACCGGCAGUUGUUUGAGGCGGAAGAACAGGAUUUGUUUAGCGACAUACAGAGUCUCCCGAGAAACGCCGCUCUGAGAAAAUUGAACGACUUGAUAAAGAGAGCAAGAUUGGCCAAAGUACAUGCUUAUGUUAUCAGUGCUCUUAGAAAAGAAAUGCCUUCAGUUUUUGGUAAAGAUAGCAAAAAGAAAGAACUCAUCAAAAAUCUGGGAAACAUUUAUGCAGAAAUUGAACGAGAGCAUCAGAUUUCUUUAGGAGAUUUUCCAGAUAUGAAAUUAAUGCAAGAAAAAUUAAUCCUUCAAGAUUUUCAGAAAUUUAAUCCUCUAAAGCCAAAGUUAUUAGAAACAGUGGACCAGAUGUUAGCGGAAGAUAUUGCUCGUAUCAUGGCAAUGAUUCCUCACGAACAAAUACAACAGAGAGAAGAAACAAAUGUCAAAGGUGGAGUUAUGGAUGGUCUGAAGGAUAGCCCAUUUGGAUAUGGUCGGGGUGAAGGAGCAGAUGCAGGUUCUCUGCAAACAGAUUGGAUAGUUGAUAAAGAAAGAUACAAGUAUGAUGAAAUAUUUGAUAAUUUGGGUCCAAUUAAUGGAAAGAUAUCUGGUGCACUUGCAAAAGCUGAAAUGGUCAAAUCUAAAUUGCCUAAUUCAGUGUUAGGUAAAAUAUGGAAAUUAUCAGAUGUUGAUAAAGAUGGUAUGUUGGAUGCAGAUGAAUUUGCUUUAGCCAUGCAUUUGAUUAAUAUUAAACUUGAUGGACACGAAAUGCCAGCAGAAUUACCAGAACAUCUCAUUCCACCUGCAAAGAGACGCAACAGAUAAUCUGCUAAUGUUAUUUAUGAGUCAUGUGCAAUAUUGAGAAUAUUUACAUAAAAAUUGUACUUAUAUAUUAAAGAUGUAAAUUAUUUUAAAUAAUUCACUUGCAAUGUGCAGUUGGUCACAUGCAUAAUUCCUCAAUAACAUUGAAAUGUCAAUAUAAACCAAAGCAAAUUUUAUGUACAAUAUUAUAUAAUUAUUUCAAGUUUAUUUUGUUGUUUUUUUAAUCAUUUUAUGAUAAAUUUGAUGUAAUUAAUGUUCCUUAAUAUUGUUAUACUCAUUUACAUAAAUUCUAUUUUACCAUAUUGUGGAAACUUGUUAAACUUUCUAUUUUUGUAGCUGAAAGGGACCAAUUUUCUGUUAGUAUUCAGUUAUUAAAUGCUGCAUUAAAUGUAAGAUUUUUUUUUUGAAAUAAAAUUUCUGUAUAAAGAAUGAAUUGUUAA